AGACAACCCAAAUUCCAAAAGCAUUUCUGUGUUACUUGCAGGAUUUGUAUUUGACCAUCACCAAUUCACUGAUCAGCAGCCAAACGAAUCUUGUCCAUAGUUGAUUAUAAAACUCCACCAUUACUUCGUCUUCUUCCCAACAACAAACUCCAUCAAGACUCAGAUAUAGAUCAUGGAGAUUCAGAUCUUCUUCACCUUGUUCUGCUUCCUUCUUAUGAUAUACAAGCUAUCAACUUCUAAGAAGCCCAUCAAAACCUUACCCCCAGGCCCAUGGAAACUACCUUUUAUAGGAAACCUUCACCAACUUGCAGGCUCGUCACUGCCUCAUCAUUCUCUUAGAGACCUUGCAAACAAGUAUGGACCCAUCAUGCACCUUCAGCUAGGACAAAUUUCCAGCAUUGUAAUCUCUUCGCCUGAGUUGGCCACAGAGAUCAUGAAAACCCAUGACCAAAUCUUUGCCAACAGACCUAGAAUUCUUGCCGGUGAGGUCUUCGCUUAUAAUUGCACAGACAUAGCCUUUUCGCCUUAUGGAAACCAUUGGAGGCAACUUCGAAAGAUUUGUAUGUUGGAGCUUUUAUCUGCAAAGAGGGUCCAAUCCUUCAGAACGAUAAGAGAAGAGGAAGUUUCGUUGCUGGUCAAGAACAUAUCUGAAGAACACGUUGGUUCUGUCAUGGACCUUCGUAAGAAAAUGAUGCCGCUCACAAAUUCAAUAGUUGCACGUGCAGCUUUUGGUGAAAGAACAAAGAACGUAGAAGAAAUCUUGUCGAAUUUGGCAUAUGGGAUUCAACUGGCGAGUGGUUUCUCAAUUUUUGAUCUCUUUCCUUCACUCAAAAUCCUUCAAGUGAUCACUGGGACGGAAGCGAAAGUUAAGAAGGUGGGCAACGUGAUUGAUAGGACGCUUGAAAAUAUCAUCAAUGACCACAAAGAAAAGAAUGGUGAAGCAAAGGAAGAGGAUCUCGUCGAUGUUCUCUUGAGAGUUCAAAAGGAGAAUAACUUGGAAAUUCCCUUAACUCUAGACAACAUCAAGGGUGUUAUCUUGGACAUUUUUGUCGGUGGAACUGACACUGCAGCAACAACUGUGGAAUGGGCGAUGUCAGAAUUGCUGAAAAACCCAGAGAAAAUGGAAGAGGCACAAGAAGAGGUGAGAAGGGUGUAUAAAGACAAAGGAUAUGUAGACGAAUCAAAACUUGAUCAUUUGAAGUAUUUAGGAGCAAUCAUUAAAGAAACCAUGAGGAUGCACCCACCUUUGCCACUGCUAGUUCCAAGAGAAAACAGUGAACGCUGUGAAAUCUAUGGUUAUGAGCUACCUCACAAGACUAAGGUCAUGACCAAUGUUUGGGCGAUUGCAAGAGAUCCCAAAUAUUGGAAUGAACCUGAGAAAUUUCAACCAGAGAGAUUCAUUAACAGCUCAAUUGAUUAUAAAGGAACAGACUUUAAGUAUAUUCCAUUUGGUGCUGGAAGAAGAAUAUGCCCAGGAAUCACAUUUGCUUCUGUUGUUAUUGAGCUUGUUCUCGCCAAUUUGCUUUACCAUUUUGAUUGGAAACUUCCAAAUGAGAUGAAGUGUGAAGAGUUGGAUAUGACUGAAUCCUUUGGUGCCACUGUGAGAAGGAAGAAUGGUUUGUGGGUUAUUCCUAGUGGUUAUCAUCAGUCUUAACGCUAUGAUUACGACCUAUUUUGGAAAAAAAGAAAAGACUAUAAUUACUUAUUACUACUUUAGUCAAUAAAGGAUGAUUCGGUGAUCUGCAAGUCAUUGGAUCUAUGUUAAAGAUGAGAGUUUUUUAUCCCAACAGAAGAGAUGGCCGGUGGAAGCAAAGUUAAUAAAACAGAAAAGUGAAAUGUUUGUGGUGUAGAAUGAGAGUAUGAAUAAUCCAUGCUUUGUACUCUCUCUAUUUUGAUAUUUGUGUGUUUUUAGAAGAAUCUUUCUUGUUUGACUUUACAUGUAAUUUUAAUAGUUCAAUAUAUCAUUUAGUGAUAUUCUCUUUAUUAUAUUCUUAUUU